CGUCGUAGAUAAACAGAAUGUUGCGUCAUUGUUAUUGUGUUAGUUGGGGUUUCCAGCUGCUUACAGAGAUUUCGCCACCGUUGCGCUUAGAUUUCGGCCUCUAAAGCCGCGUAAACGGUGUUUACCUGCAAGAUUACGCCAGUACAAUGUCGCUCCAAAAGGACAUCUCAUCUGACGAGAGUUUGCAAGGUUCCUGGGUUGAGCUGCAUUUCAGUGGCAAUGGCUCUCAAAGUACAAGUCAUCACGGAAGCCAGGACCAAAUCCCCACGUCCAGCCAGGAGGGUGACAUGGAGAAAAUGCUGCUAGACGCACAGAACGAGUCCGGCAGAAACAGCUCCAGAGGAAGCUCUCAAUGCAACAGCCCACUCAGAGCACAGACCCCCCUUCUUCUCUGGAGAGGCUCAGAGGGAACCAGCUCACAGUCAGAUGAAGACUUCCAAGAAACAAGACGGGAAGUAGAGAACCUGAUGAAGAAAAAUGCGGACUGGAUUUGGGACUGGUCUAGUCGACCAGAGAACAAUCCACCAAAGGAGUUCCUGCUGAAGUACCCUAAGCGCUCGACCUCUCUCAGCAUAAGAAACACCAGCGUAAUGAAGAAGGGGGGCAUUCUCUCUGCUGACUUUCUGAAGCUUUUCCUCCCCUCAUUAAUCAUUUCUCACAUACUUGCUGUUGGCCUAGGGAUAUAUAUUGGGAAGCGCCUAACCUCCCACAACACCUACUAAAUAGAGUGGUUGUGUGAUGCGACACCUUGUCACCUUGAUGUGACUACCUUGGCAUGCCUUAAUAUGGGACCUUUUUGAAGAUCCACGGAGACAUGGCCAUUUCACAUGGUCCAAUUUGAUUGAGAGCCUCAUGUUGCCCACAACAGCGUGGAGAGUAAAGGAUCUGUCAUUGCUGUUUUAUGGUGUCUACUUCUGAACACAACACUGACCAAUCCUCUGUCCCUUGCUGUAGUCCUUGUCCUGGCCUGGAGAUGACUGUGUUGCUGCUUCCUGCUCCUUAAAUCUGCACGUUAGGGAACUGAUAUAUGUAUUGUAUGUCACUGCCCUUUUCUUUUUGCAAUGAAAAGUCACUUGUUAAUUAAAAUGAUAUACUGUCAAUUGAUAUUUUGAUUUUUAGAUCAGCUAUGGAUAAAGGAAUUUGGUUUGAAUUUUUUUUUUUUUGUCCGAGGGAUCAUUAGCUUAGUGUUUGAGAUAGCAUUCAUCACUAAUUGCUCAAUUUCAAGUGUUAGCUUAUCAAGCACAGAUGUGGUCCGUUUUGUUCAUCUUGCACAAAAUAAAAGCUGGAAACACA